UGGAAACCGGGGCAUUGUCGCACCCUCGACGCGGGAGGAAAGGCGCACAGCACACCGCUUGGACCAGUUCGUGUCCGAGUGGGAGGCUGUCUCAUGUCCUGGUGUUGUUAGUAACAGUGCUGGUGGUGGAAGGGAUCGCCGUGGCCCAGAAGACCCAAGAUGGACAGAAUAUUGGAGUCAAGCACAUGCCUGCCACCCAGUGCGGCAUUUGGGUUCGAACCAGCAAUGGAGGCCACUUUGCUUCACCUAAUUAUCCAGACUCAUACCCCCCAAACAAGGAGUGUAUCUACAUUCUGGAAGCUGCUCCACGUCAAAGAAUAGAGUUGACCUUUGAUGAACAUUUUUACAUAGAACCGUCGUUUGAAUGUCGGUUUGAUCACCUGGAAGUUCGCGAUGGGCCAUUUGGCUUCUCUCCGCUCAUUGAUCGGUUCUGUGGCGUGAAGAGCCCUCCGUUGAUCAGAUCAACAGGGAGGUUCAUGUGGAUUAAGUUUAGUUCUGAUGAAGAACUUGAAGGAAUGGGAUUUCGAGCAAAAUACUCAUUUAUCCCAGACCCAGACUUUACUUACCUAGGAGACUGCCAGUUUGAGCUGUCGGGCGCCGACGGGAUCGUGCGCUCCAGCCAGGUGGAGCAGGAGGAAAAGACGAAGCCCGGCCAGGCCGUGGACUGCAUUUGGACGAUCAGAGCCACCCCGAAGGCCAAGAUCUAUUUGAGGUUCCUGGAUUACCAGAUGGAGCACUCCAAUGAGUGCAAGAGAAACUUCGUCGCAGUCUAUGACGGAAGCAGUUCUAUCGAAAAUCUCAAGGCCAAGUUUUGCAGCACGGUGGCCAAUGACGUAAUGCUCAGAACCGGAGUGGGGGUGAUCCGCAUGUGGGCAGACGAGGGCAGCCGGCUCAGCAGGUUCAGGAUGCUCUUCACCUCCUUCGUGGAGCCUCCCUGCACCGGCAGCACCUUCUUCUGCCACAGCAACAUGUGCAUCAAUCGCUCCCUGGUGUGCAACGGUGUGCAGAACUGCGCCUACCCCUGGGACGAGAGCCACUGCCGGGAAAAGAAACCGGCAGGACUCUUUGAGCAGAUCACCCGAACUCACGGGACAAUUAUCGGCAUCACCUCGGGCGUCGUCCUGGUCCUUCUCAUCAUUUCUGUUUUAGUGCAAGUGAAGCAGCCUCGGAAGAAGGUCCUGGCUUGUAAAAGCACCUUCAACAAAACUGGGUUCCAGGAGGUGUUCGACCCCCCGCACUACGAGCUGUUCUCCCUGCGGGACAAGGAGCUGUCCUCGGACCUGGCCGAGCUGUCGGAGGAGCUGGACGGCUACCAGAAGCUGCGGCGCUCCUCCUCGGCCUCCCGCUGCGUCCACGAGCACCACUGCGGCGCGCAGGCCGCGGGCGCGAAGCCGGGCAGGACCAACCUGGCCGCCAUGGAGCUUCCCUUCCGGAACGAUUUCGCACAGCCGCAGCCCAUGAAGACGUUCAACAGCACCUUCCGGAAGAGCAGCUACACCUUCAAGCAGGCGCACGAGUGCCCCGAGCCGGCCCUGGAGGACCGGGUCAUGGAGGAGAUCCCCUGCGAGAUCUACGCGAGGGGGCGCGAGGAUGCCGCCCAGGCGUCCAUCUCCAUCGACUUCUAGCCUGCCCGGUGGCCCGU